UGUCAUUUGUGUGUAUUGCAGACUUGGAGGAAGGAUGGAGGGGGACUUCACUGGGAAAGAUGUUUACGGGAAGCAUUUUUCUCCAAAAGAUUAUUUAAAAAUGUACUAUUCCUUCAGCAAGGAAGACGGCUCUCAAGAAGAUGCUCUCCUAAAUUUUUAUCUGCAAAAAUUCCACAAAACUUUCACCGUGGGUGAGUACCCCAUAGAUUGCUUUCUGGCACUGGUGGGCUGGCUGAGCUUUGUCAAUUUGUCGUUCAUGAUGGAGAGAAUGCUUCGAAAUUAAUAUUCUUUUUUUUACAAGCGUGUCCACCUUUUGCAAAAUUUGCAGGGGUCAUCCCUUUCCCACAAGAAUCAUGGUGGGAGGCAGAAAUGGGAUCAACCACCCUUUAUCCCUGGAGCAUUUGUUGUUGGGGCCAAGGACAAGGAGCCAGUGGGUCACUUCUCAGACCAAUUAGUUAUUUCACUGGGCAAGAGGCCAAGAGGACUCACUGCCCCUUUGCCAGGUCCCCAAGCCGCUAUUCAGCCGGGUCAAGAAUUUUGUUUUGAUCCAAACAAUCACUUCCUUGAUCAAAUUUUCCACAGCCAGCUGGAAUAGUUCAGUUCAUAGAGUGGCUGCAUGUCCAGCUUUGCAAAGGACAGCCCUCACAUGAAGGAGUGCCAGAGGAAUGAUCCUCUCUCUGGACAUCCUCUGUCCUGCUCAGUUUUUCCUUAAAGAUGCAAAACCCUAAGAAAAGAGAGCAGGAGGAUUGCCUUGAAAUUGCCCCUCAGCGCUGAGCUUCUAGGCAGCAGACUGAGCUGGUCAUCCAGCCACAGCAGUCCCACUGCGGUGAAAUGGACUGUGAUUCUGUUCAAAUUAUAGUAUAAUGAUUUCAAAAAAGAAGAGAUGAGAAGAAAAGCAUGUAGCAUUUUUAAAAAACAAACCAGCUUAAUCUAAGCAUGCAUAAAAAUCCAUGUGUUGGUAAAGAUGCAUUCUAUUUGGGGAAAUUGCUUGGAAAACAUGUGUGAAAUGGAUGCACCUUGCUCAACCUUCUGCAUGAGAAGCUGCCCUAAAAAAAUCCCAAUUGUUCUUUCACAUCUGAUCACUGUUGGCCAUUGCUGGGCAACCUGUAGCCUCCAUGGUUGUGCACUCCUCUCAGCCAGCAUGGCCAAUAGGCAGGGGCGAUGGAAGUUGCCAGCUGGUAACAUCUGGAAGGCAAAGGUUUCUCCUUCCAGGGAAAACUGUAUUGGCCAGUGGCCCUAAAAGGUGUGACAUUAGAUGUUUUGCAUGAAUAAAUGUAUGGCAAGCAAGAUCAUAUCAGAGCAGUCAUUCCAGCUUGCAGCAGGAUAUUCCAUAGCAUUGGAAAAACUACAAUUGUCUUCCUGCCCACAGCAUAACUGUUGGGUGGGAGGAGUACCCUUUUGGAGUAUACAUUGUCUCCUUUGAGCCUGUAAGUUCCCUGUUGCAUUCUAUAAUGCCCUAUGAACAAUGGUGGUGCUAUAUACAUUACAGUGGUACCUCAGGUUACAUACGCUUCAGGUUACAUACGUUUCAGGUUAUAUACUCCGCUAACCCAGAAAUAGUGUUUCAGGUUAAGAACUUUGAUUCAGGAUGAGAACAGAAAUCGUCCUCUGGCGGCGCGGCAGCGGCAGGAGGCCCCAUUAACUAAAGUGGUGCUUCAGGUUAAGAACAGUUUCAGGUUAAGUACAGACCUCCGGAACGAAUUAAGUACUUAACCUGAGGUACCACUGUAAUUAAUAUUGUUAAUGAGGAGGAAGAGGAUAUUUUAGUGCAUGCAGUUGGACGUAUAGGCAUACCAAGCUUUUUUAAUUAUUAUCCAGGAACUUUGCAUCAUAGAAGAGCAUGCGUCUUAUGAUUCAGACCCCAUGAGCAAAUAAGUCUACUGCCACUUCAAUUUGUCACCCUGUGCAAAAGAUGCCAUCAUCAUCCUAGUGAGGGCAGACAAAAUGUGGCCAAGAUAAGGAAUCGUGCGGGUGUGUGGGUGUGGGUGUAACAGUAACCUCAUUAUCAUUUUCAAAUGCAGAUGGAGUUAAAGGAGACACACUGAUUGAUAUUGGAAGCGGACCCACUAUCUACCAAUUUCUCUCUUCCUGCGGGUCCUUCCGAGAGAUCAUUGCCACAGAUUACACUGACCAGAACAGGGAGGAGAUUAAGAGGUGGUUGAAGAAGGACCCAGAUGCUUUUGAUUGGAGCCAGGCUCUGAAAUAUGUGUGUGAGCUGGAGGGAGACAGGUACUGGGCUUUUAACUUCCAUUCAUUAAUAAACUCAUGGAACCCUACAGUUUGAAAGUACUUCAAUCUAGUGCAACCUCUUGCCAAUGCUGGGAACUCUCUUUUGCAGCAUACUUGGUAGAUUUGGACAUUUCAGCUAUAGUUUCUCCACAAGUUUAUACUAAGUAACGACAUUUAUAGAGGGGCACAGCACAACAUUCUGGUUUCUGAUCAGAGUGACCAUUCAGGGACCUACACUUGGGAAUACUACAGAAAGGGAGGUAUUUGUGAAUUGCUUUAAAUAGCUUGUCCUAACAAACACAUAAUCUCCAUGCAUCUGAUGAACUGGACUUACUUUCUUAAGUUUCUUAGGCUGCAACAAUAACCUAGCAGUAAGCGCUGCUAAAUUUAAUAGGAUUUAUUUCAGAGUAGGUCUGAUUAGGAUUGUGUUAAAGGUGCUGCAAGAAUCUUCUGCCACUGUUUUUAGAAUGCAUAUUCAUUAUAACAGAAAUAUGGCCAUGACCUAGGAUGGGACCAGAAUGUGGCAGCUGGCCUGUACACACCCAUCCCCAUUUCACCUCUAAACAAGGAUGGCAGGUUUCAUACUGCUGCAAAAGCCUGCCUGGCCAAUUUGACCAGUGCAACAAAAUUAAGGCACAUGCUGUCCACCACCAGCAGCAAAGCACUUUUCACACCCCUUCCAGUUUCGUAAUCCACUUUCAGCAACUGGGGAAGCGGUAGCUGAAUAUUUUAAUAAACAGGUUGCUUUAUUUCACAUGCUCCUGCAGGGGGACGAGGUUGCUGGCUUGCCAGAAAAGGAGGUUUGCGUGCUCACUGUUUCCUGCUCUUUCCCACCUUUGCUCUUCCCCAGGGAGAAAUGGGUAGAAAAGGGAGAGAAGGUACGAAGCACCAUCCGGCGAGUGCUGAAAUGUGACGUGACCCAAGUCAACCCUUUGGCUCCGCUGGUGGUGGCCCAAGCUAGCUGUGUGACUUCUGCACUUUGCCUGGAGGCUGCGUGCAAAGACCUCACUGCCUACCAUGCCGCCUUGAGGAACAUUGGCUCCCUUGUAAAGCCCGGGGGGCACCUUGUGCUCCUGGUAGCUCUCGGAGGAAACUUCUACAUGGCUGGCGAGCAAAUGUUCUUCUGCCUUUACCUUGAGAAGGAAACUGUAGACAGUGCAGUGACAGAGGCAGGCUUUGAUAUCUUAUGGUCUGAAGAGGCCAAAAAUAGCUAUUCACCAACAUAUAGUGAUUGUAAGAAUGUCUAUUUCCUAGUUGCCCAGAAACGUAUCAAGGUGUAGGUGCUUGUGGGGAAAUGACAGGAGGCCAAAGGAAAGCAAUAAUCUUACAAUGUCCAGACAUAGCCACACAUGCAGAUCAGUGUGAGGGUAGCUAUAUAUCUAUAGCUAUAUCUAUAUCUAUAUCUAUAUCUAUAUCUAUACACACACACACACGUGUCAAACCCUCCAAUAUUUUUCCAGUGAAAAUAAGGAUGUUCUAAGGAAAAGCGGUACAGUGGUACCUUGGUUUUCGAACAUCUUGGAAGCUGAAUGUUUUGGUUUUUGAAUGUCAAAAAUCUGGCAGUAAAUGCUUCCAUUUUUGAAUGCACCUCAGAAGUCAAACAGCUUCCAUUGAGUUUUUUCCCCUUCAUUUUUCUCUAUUGAAUUUGCAGACCUCCCUUUGCACCUCAGUUUUCAAAUGUUCAGAAGUCAAAUGGUCUUCCAGAAUGGAUUACGUUCGAAAACCAAGGUACCGCUGUACUUUCGAAGAUCAAAUCAGAAACUAGGGCGGCUUCUGUAAAUCCAGGACUGUCCCUGGAAAAUAGGGAUAUGGAGUCUCUCUCUCUCUCGCGCUCUCUCUCUCUCUCUCUCUCACACACACACACACAAACAAAUAACCUUGGGAAUUCCGCUACCUGAUCACCACAUAGGCCUGCCUCUCAUGACACAGUCAUCCAAACUACAGCUUAAGAACUUAAGAAGAGCCCUGCAGGAUCAGGCCAAUGGCCCAUCUAGUCCAGCUUCCUGUUCUCACUGUGGCCCCCCUGAUCCCUGGGGGAAACCCUCAAGCAGCAGCUGAGUAUCCCACGCUGGUUGGGAGUGGAUCUUCUUCAUUAUGUUCACAGCUUUGCAAAUUCUAAUGUGAAAUUCUUGGUAGUAGGCAUAAGUUUGAUAUCCUGCAGCAAUAUGCAUAAUAAUGAGCUACUCCAUUACCUGCAGAAUUAUAAUCUGGAAUAUACAUGGCAUUGGUUCAUUCCGGCAUGGAACGCUAUAAUCACUUCUUUCCUUUUGGCUAAUGUAUACAGUACGUUUUCUGUAAUUCUGAACAUUGUCAAUCAUAUGCAAUGUGACCAAAUAUAUGAAUAAAAAAUCUGAAACCAGACAAGAGAGCAUUUUCUGAUGAUGGCAAUGUUUACCAUUUAGGCAAGCUGUUUGCAUUUUUUAAAACAAAAAAUAAUUUAAAGACCAUGAGAAUUCAGUUGUCAAGCAUUGCUGACAACAAGGACAUGAUUAGUCAGAUGAUGAGGGUAAGGAUGAACCCACCUUUCCCCCUCAGCUCCCAGGGCAGUUACAACAAUUAAAACACAAUAUUAAAAACAACUUACAUAAAUGAGGUGGGUCAUAAAAAUAUCUCAGGUGUUAAAAGCCAGAGUUUUUAGGGAAAAUAGAGAGGCAUAAGCCACAAAGCCACUAUGUUCCUAGUACUCCAGGAGGGAAAUAUGACCCAAAUUGCUCAAAUCUGCUUUUCACACCAUUGGCAUAUUAGAACACCAUCCCUGAAAUCAGUAGAGGUGAAUGAGAAUAAUGCGAGAUGAAAGGAUUCUGCUUAAACCUCGUCUAUUCUAUUUGUGUUACAUGCAACAAGCAAUAGGUAACAGCUGAAAAUUUCCUGUUGAGUAAACUGCAACAGAACCUUUGCAGGGAGUCACUGCUGAUGUGUAUAAAAACCACCAAGUCUAGUUUACGACAGCUUCUGCCACUGCAGAAAGCUUUGCCUUAUUUCAACAUUGCUAGAAAUAUUAUUUCCAGACCACUCCUGACAUCACCUUAUUUGACGCAAACAGACACACACACACACACACACACAGAGAGAGAGAGAGAGAGACAGAGAGAGAGAGAGAGAGAGAGCCAGCCAGCCAGCGAGAGAGAGCUAAGAGUUCAAUCUGGGACAAUAUAAAACUGCCUUCCAUUCAAUAUCAAUUAACACCUCAUUUAUUCCAGUGGUUUCUGAAAGAAGAAGAAGAAAAAUUCUCCAAUGCACAUUUAGAGGGGGGGAAAUUGUCUAGCAAGUUCUCAUCUAAAUUGUAGAAAGGUUGACUGACCACAUAGCCAAUCAUGAAUAUGGUUGCUUUGGAGAAUUUCCUAUUCGCUUCAAACAAGGAGUAUCUGAUUUUAAUACUAGGUUUUUACACUGUUGUAACCUGCAUUGGGACUUUGUGGUGAAGGAUAGGCAGGACAACUAAUCAUUAUUAUUUAUUCAUCAUCAUUAUUAUUAGUAGGCUGUCUCUCCCAUUCACAAGCACAGAGGUGAAUUUCAGGACUCCUUCACUUGUCUCACUGCUCCCUCCUGGGAAAACUCACUGUUUACCUCUCAGUUGGUUUUUCUGCAGAUUGAUGUUUGUUCCCAUUCAGUGGUAAACAGCAGGUUUCCCCGGGGAAAGCAGCGGGGCAAAUGAAAAAGCAGGAAAGCACAGGGCAAGUGGCAAACCUCUUGGACCUGAGCUUUCUGGGCACGAGACAAGCAGAAGUGUGGCUGAGCCUGUAAUGUUGCACAAACACUGUGGCAAUAGAGGAAAUCAGUGCAAUAGCUGCGCUUAUAGGAAUUCGUUGCGAAAGAGAUUGCACAUUUAUUCUGCAACGAAGUUACCAGCAACCUGCUUUUGCAUUCUCUUCUGCAACAAUAUUCUGUUGCAUACUCAGGCUCUGCACUCUCUCUGCCCCCCACCUCUUUGAUGGAAAGGUAAAUAAAGGACACAGCACGGCUUGAGUGGGGUCAAGUUUAUUGACAACAAAUGUAAGAGGUUUGGCACAGGCAAUUGGGCAACCAUUUACUUCUGGCCCGCCUGCCGGAAGUGACACCAAGGCUCAACCCAGCAGCGGGGGUUCCUAUGACUUACAACAAAUAAGGGGGACCCCUGCGGGCGUCACUGCCAGUGCCGGAUUUACAUAUAAGCUAAACAAUCUAUAGCUUAGGGCCCCACUCUCUUGGGGGCCCCAAAAAAAUUUAAAGGAAAAGAAACUGGAUGUACAUUUCC